AUGGAUAUUGGAUAUUGGGCAUUGGCAUUGGCAUUGGCAUUGGACAUUGGACAUUGGGCAUUGGCACUCUUCAAUCGGAUAAAGUCCGGUCUGCUAGUUGUAUUGGUAGCUGUCACUGCACACGCGAUAUGGCGCGCUCACCGGUACCUCAUUUUCAAAGAGUCUCCCUUUCUGGCCAGCGUGGUAGCAGCAAGGGCCUCUAGUGUAGUGGCACUGAAUCUUGGAAUGAGGAUGUCUCUCGAAGAUUGA